GUAAUAACGUUGAUCUUCAAUUUGAGUUUUCACUUCUCCAGACUAUAAGAAGACGCCAUGGCUCCAGGUAGCUCAUCCACCAUGAUCUUAUAUAACUCUAAAUCAUAGAACUUGUACUUCAAGCAUCGCUUUUGCCUUUUCUUCAUCGCCCUGUACUUGACAAAUCUUCACAUACAAAAUGACAGUCACAAAGACAACCACCACAAUCUCUCCCAACAGCAGGCUGUUGAAGCCAAUCCAAGUCGGCAAUGUCCAACUCGAACACCGCAUGGUCAUGGCCCCUCUGACCCGUUACCGCAAUGACGACAACCACGUCGCCAAGCCUUUUGUAGAGCGAUACUACUCCGAGCGAGGUUCAACGCCCGGCACCCUCAUUAUCUCAGAAGCUACCGGCGUCUCAAUGCAAGACACCGGCAUGCGCCAAGGACCCGCCUUCGUCACAGAUGAACAAGUCGCCGCUUGGAAAAAGGUCAUCGGCGGUGUUCACGCAAACAAGUCACUUUGGUCGCAACAAAUCUGGGGUCAAGGCCGAGCUGCUGAUCCCGAGUAUCAGAAGGAGCGCGGCUUCAAGUAUCGCUCUUCUAGUGCCGUGCCUAUUGAGGAGGGUGCUCCCGCGCCCGAGGCUAUGACCGAGGAAGAGAUCCAGGGCUUCAUCAAGGACUUUGUCGCUACUGCUAGACGUGUCAUCGACGCUGGUGGUGACAUGAUUGAGAUCCAUGGCGCUCACGGUUAUCUGAUCGAUCAAUUCACAUCCGACUCUGUCAACAAGCGAACUGACAAGUGGGGUGGCUCUGUUGAGAACCGAGCACGUCUUCUGCUCGAGAUCGUCAAGGCUGUCUCAGCUGAGAUUGGCCCCAAGCGAGUUGCCCUUCGCCUCUCACCAUAUGCUUCCUUCCAAGGAGCCGAGUCAUCCGAUAUCAAGGAGCAAUACUCCUACAUCGUCAACGAAGUCAAGAAGAUUGGCCCUCUGGCUUACCUCUCUCUUGUCGAAGCCCGCGGUGACCCCGCCAAGCUGCUUGCUCCUGACACCGACCCUUCAGUUGACGCGCAAACCCUCGACUUCAUCCUCGACAUCUGGGAUAAUAACUCACCCGUAAUUGUUGCCGGUAACUACAGCCCUGCAUCAGCGGCUGAGGUCCUCGAUGGGCACUACAGCAAGUGGGACGUUCUCGUCGCUUUCGGACGCCAUUUCAUUGCGAAUCCCGAUUUCGUCUGGAGGGUCAAGCACGGCGUUGAGUUGACCAAGUACGACCGCACAACUUUCUACGUCCGAGGAUCAGAGAUUGGAUACAAUGAUUAUCCAUUCUCUCAGGAGUACGUUGAUGCACAGCGGGCUUGGGCUGUGGAGAACCUUCCUAUGCACCCCAAAUAAAGAUAUACAGCACGAAUUAGAUGAUUAAUGAAACGAUAGAAUAGAGCAUAUAGAUAGAUCUUGAUAGAAGAAAUACCAUCUCAUUUCCAAUUAA